CUCGGAAAACUCAGCCAAAUCCGAUUCAUUUAAAUUUUAUUAUAAAAUAUCAUUUUUUUUGUAAAUAUCAAAACUAUUAUAGACUUAGCAAAUCCAUCCAUUGUGGUGCUGAUUAAUCGGAAACUUGGAGAGAGCUCUAAAAUGGAAAGUGGCGACGAAAGUCCGGUGGUUCUGAUAACGGGUUGCUCGCAGGGAGGGAUCGGCCAUGCGCUGGCGCGUGAGUUCUCUGUGAAAGGUUGUCGUGUGGUGGCGACGAGCCGAUCACGGAGCACGAUGACGGAUCUGGAGCAGGAUCCGAGGUUGUUCGUGCAAGAGCUUGAUGUACAAUCGGAGCAAAGCGUGAGCAAAGUCUUAUCGAGUGUUAUUGAUAAGUUCGGCCAAAUCGACGUUCUUGUCAACAACGCCGGCGUUCAGUGCGUCGGACCUCUGGCGGAGAUCCCGAUUUCCGCCAUGGAAAACACAUUCAACACCAAUGUCUUUGGUUCCAUGAGGAUGACUCAAGCCGUUGUACCUCACAUGGUGUCUAAGAAAAAGGGAAAGAUUGUGAACGUUGGAAGUAUCACUGUUAUGGCACCAGGUCCAUGGGCUGGGGUCUAUACUGCAACCAAAGCUGCUAUUCAUGCUCUUACCGAUACACUCAGGUUGGAGCUCGGGCCCUUUGGCAUUGAUGUCAUCAAUGUUGUCCCAGGAGGAAUACGGACAAACAUAGCAAACUCAGCUGUUGCAACCUUCAACAAAAUGCCUGAGCUGAAACUAUACAAGCCUUACGAAGAAGCUAUCAGGGAGAGAGCAUUUAUCUCACAGAGGAUGAAGCCAACUCCUGCAGAAACAUUCGCCAAAGACACCGUAGCUGCAGUGCUAAAGAAGAACCCGCCCGCCUGGUUCUCUUCAGGCAGGUACUCAACUCUCAUGGCGAUUAUGUACCAUAUGCCCCUUUGGUUCAAAGAUUUUCUCCAGAAGAAGGCUUUAAUGAAAAAGGGCUAAUCAGGUUCGGGUUUAAAGACGGUUUAUUACGAAAACGAAUGUAAGAGAUUGUGCAGACCCGAUAAUGGAAUCUUAUGUCCUCAUGCUUGAGUGAGUAGGUUCGGAUACACAUAUACACAUACGCGGAGGAAUUAGGGAGAAUUAUUGCAUUAUGUUGUAAAAAAGCUUUGUGGUACAAAUAUCUGUAAUGGAAAAGGUGAACGUAUUUCUACAA